CCCCAAUCCCUUUGUUUGAUCGAGCAGCCCUCGAUCCCCUUCUCUUGCAUCUCAACCGCGUCGACAGCCCGACUCAGCUUGGUCGCUUUGCCACUCAUCUUUUCAUCUUCUUUCGACUGCGACGACAGUGGCAGUUGCCAUCGCUUGUGCACUUGCCUGAUUUGACAAGACUCUCUUUCUUAAACCCACCCGGAGACCCACGCUCUACUCGGCAAUUAUAGCAGGCGCCCCCUGCCUGCCAGUUUCAGUCCCUUUGUUGCCCCGUGGUUCUCGCCAUCCCACGAUGAGCGCUGCCAUGGAGGUGACACAGCCCAAGUUGAGCGCCGCUAGCCGCUCGCUCAAAUCCGCUAGCUCAGUCUCGGGCGCCAAUCACGCGUCGGCCGCGCGCGCCUCUGUCAAAAACGAGUUUCCCCUCACUCCCUCCAAAGCUCUCGAGCGCUACGGCCGCUACCUGACUGCCUUUGAAGAGCAGGAAAUCCAGGCUUAUCAGCAAAUUUGGUAUGUCGGCCAGUUGGCCCGCAAAAUCAAUGCCUCAGAGGGCAAGGGCCCCAACUGUGGUUAUGACGAUGACAAGGGUCGCUACAAGUGCAUCAAGCACGAUCACAUUGCCUAUCGUUACGAGAUCCUCAAAGGCCUUGGCAAAGGCUCUUUCGGUGAUGUCGUCAAGGCCUACGAUCACAAGACGAAACAGCAUCGUGCCGUCAAGAUUAUUCGCAACGAGCGCCGCUUCCACCGCCAAGCCCAAGUUGAGGUUAAGGUCCUCGAGCUUCUCAAGCGCAACGACCGUCGUCACAACCACAACCUCAUUCAUAUCAACGACUGGUUCCUUUUCCGGAAUCACCUCUGCAUCUCCUUUGACAUGCUGCACCAGGACCUCUACACCGCCCUGAAGAAGGACGGUUUCCGUGGUUUCACCCUGCCCCAAGUCAAGAAGUUUGCGGGCUCCCUGCUCAACUGCCUCCGCCUUCUUCGGCGCCAACGCGUGAUCCACUGCGAUCUAAAACCAGAAAACAUUCUGCUCACCACGAGCGAGUCAGAUGACAUCAAGGUCAUUGACUUUGGCAGCGCCUGCCUUGACCACCAAAAAGUCCAUACCUAUAUUCAAAGCCGUUUCUACCGCGCCCCCGAAGUCAUCCUAGGCCUGGGCUACAGCAUGGCCAUUGACAUGUGGAGCCUCGGCUGCAUCCUCGUCGAGCUGUACACGGGCCAUCCCAUCUUUCCCGGUCGCGAUGAGAAGGAGCAGCUCAUGUAUCAGAUUGAGGUGCUCGGCAUGCCCCCCGGCCCGAUUCUCGAAGCCGCCAAGCGCACCGCCAUCUUCUUCGACUCCAACGGUGAUCUGCGCGUGACUACUGAUCGCAAAGGCCGGACCCAUACACCCAGCUCCAAGACGCUUCAAGAGGCCGUGGGUGUCAACGACGAGCUGUUUAUCGACUUUCUUCACGGGUGUUUCGAGUGGGAUCCCAGCGAUCGCAUGACCCCUAAAGAAGCCACCAAGCACCCCUGGAUUACCGGCAUCGUCGAAUCCGACGAGCCGCUCGAGCCCAACCUUGAAGCAGCACUCGGCGCCAUGACCGUGACGGCUGCUGCUCCCAUGCCAUCCGUCGUCAAGCUUUCUACUGACAUGCAGCCUUGAGCUCAUUGACCAUGCAUUUAAACCUUCUUCUGACCCAAUUCUGGGCUUGACACUUGAUUUUAUCCGGGGAGCGGGGGGCGUUGUCAGGCGGAAGAGCAGAGGAUGGUCAAGGGUGGAUGUGCCGCUGCGCAGCACACCCCAUCCCACCGUCUGAUGCCCCUCUUCCUGUUCCUUGUCUCAGUUCUUUCUUUUCUUUACUUCCCUUUUCUUGACGGCCUCGCUGUUUUUUUCACUUCCCUCCUCUUUUUCUUUCUUUUGAC